AUUAGUUAGUGCGGUUAUCGAAUCGAAGUUUCGUUGUUAUUAUUGCAUUGUGUUAUUUAAUAAUGUGAGGAUAAACACGGAAUAAGUGCAUAUAUAAAAACUGCAGAUAUGCACUGACGUUAAACAGAACUACAUUCCAAAAUGAGUGCCUUAAUUUUCAUCAUUCUCAUGACUGCUGUAAGUCAAGUUUACAGCGAUACACAAAUAUUCAGAUGCCAAAGCACUCAGUACUGCAAAUGCUUGGGCUUCACUUCAGGCGUAGAAGAUAUUUUAUGUUCUCAGGAUGGAGACUUACAAAAUCCUAUUUUUUUAAUGGAUGUCCGCUUCAAAGACUUUGUAAAGAUUCAAUGCCAAUCCAUAACAGAAUCUUCAAGCUACAAACUGCUUCCAAAUUUAGCUAUAGGUGAUCUGCAGUAUGUGAUGUUCAAAAUGUGCCCUUUACCUCAAGAUGAUUCCUUGUUGGAUAUCAUUAAAUCCAUAGGAAUUACUAAAUUCAAAAGACUGAGUUUUCAAACAUACAACAGGAAUUUGUCGAAUGAACUGGUGCGAAAGCAUCUUGCAGGUCUUACAGAUGUAAAUGAAAUCGUUUUAUCUAGUAAUGGGCUUACUAAUCUACCAGCAGAUCUGUUUUCCGAUUUAAAAAAUUUAACAUCUCUAGAUCUUCGCUCAAACAAUGUAAAACUUUCUCAAGGGGUGUUUGACGGUAUGUCAAAGCUGAAAUAUCUGGAGUUGGGUAAUAAUGAUAUUUAUGAUUUGCCUGAUGGUGUGUUCAAAAAUCUCUUCGAAUUGACACAGCUGAACUUAUGGAAAAAUAGUUUGACGCAAAUAUCAAAUAAUGCAUUCGAAGGAUUAUCAAAUCUUAAAGCUUUAGAUUUGAGCUCAAAUAAGCUGCAAAUAUUAGAUGAAAGUAUAUUUCACAGUCUUCCCAAUUUAACUGUAUUAUACAUAACAUCAAAUAAUCUUUCCUUGUAUUAUUUAUUUGCUAAUUUAAAAUAUCUUAGUAAUGUUAGUUUAGAUAGAUGCCAACUGACGUCACUUCCUGAUAAUUUAUUUAAAAACUCUUCAAAUUUGACGAACAUUGAUAUGAGUUACAAUGGAUUAUCUUCAUUUACUGAACAGUUUUUUCAAGUUUAA